ACAUCUCAGAACAGCCAAGGCCAUCUGGGUCCGGUUCAAACUUGACAGCAGACACACCAUCAAGGGAGCCACUGGGUAUCUCCAGAACAUGGCAAGCAGUGGAUACCUGUAUCACCUGCUGACUGAAGAUGGAGCCUGGGAGGCGUUUGUAUCUAAGGCCAAGUUGCCCAGGGAUAAGGCAGCGGCCCUCCAUGAAGCUCUGAGGGAUCUGACAGCACUCUUGGCCCUAGCAAAUAGAGACAGACGUCAAAAAAGCCAGAAAGGCAGGGAGAAGUUUUUGAAAGCAUUUCCUCGUUUGAAAGCAGAGCUGGAGGGACACAUCAGCCAGCUCCACACCCUGGCUGACCACGCUGAGGAGCUGCACAGGGGCUGCACCAUCUCCAGCGUGGUGGCUGAUUCCUUCAGUGCUGCCUCCAACAUCCUGGACCUCCUUGGUCUCUUUCUGGCACCUGUAACAGCAGAGGGUAGUCUGGUGCUCUCAGCAACUGGCUUGGGGCUGGGGGUAGCAGCUUCUGUGACCAAUGUUGCUACCUCAAUCAUGGAGGAAACAAGUAGGGCUUCGGAAGAAGCUGGUCACCAUGGUUCGACUGGCAUGCACAUGCUGGAGGAGGCUGGCACAAGUGUGGCUAGGAUUGCCAGCAAGGUCCCUCAGGCUACCAGAGAUAUCGCUAGAGACCUGGAAGCCCUUGAGAAGCACGUGGAUGCCCUCAGGCUGGUUAGAGCCAACCCUCAAUUAGAAGAAGAUGCCAGGAUGCUCACCUCCACAGGAAGCAUGCCUGCCCAACGGGCUAGGCAGGUGAGGACCAGUCUGAAAGGAACCCCUCUGGCAAUGAGCAAUGAAGCCCGGAUCCACAGUGCCACCACCGCAGGUGUCGCCCUCUUGCGUGACGUGGAUAGCCUUGUGAAAGGGUCAAAGCGUUUGUACGAAGGGUCUGCAUCAGAGUCGGCUGAAGCACUGAGGAAGCUGGCUGGAGAGCUGGAGGAGAAGCUGGAGGACCUCAUCAAAUUCUAUAAGACAAUCUGAUCGGGCUCCAGUCAGUCACCCCAUCCCCAAGACAGGCAGAGGUCAGGAGAGAGGACCUGGACAGAAAUAGGGACAAUGGAGGCACUGUUGGAGAAAGGGCAAGACUGAGUCAGGUCUGAGGGACAGGGUGCGCAGGCCCUUCUGCUGCUGAACACAGCAAGGUCAAGUGAGACCCCCAGGAGCCUGAGACAAGGGGACCAGAGGAUGUACUACAAGAGGGACUGGGAAGUUUGAACUCUGGACUAAACAUGGAAGACGCCAGUUAAAAAGAAAGACUAGAAAGCCUUCCCCAUCUGAGCUUUUGGAAACAAUACCCCACAAAAAGCAAACCAGAGAGAAAGGUGUGUGCUUUGUAAACAAGUCAUGAUCCUCCAGCCCUGUACUUUAAAGCCUUUGCUUUUCCCCAGCUCCCCAGACCACUUCCACCCUCAGGCACAUCAUCAUCCCCUAAAUAAACUGUGUCUAGUGUUA